AUGACUACAUCGGACGAUUCCAAUCGAGACAAGAAACGCUCGACUACGACGGAUAAUGUGUGUCAAGUGUGUGCAGAACAAUCUGCGAAAAGAAACUACGGUGGUAUAUCGUGUUCAUCAUGUCGAACGUUCUUUCGUCGAAAUGCUUUUCCAACAAAAGAAUCGAUAAAAUGUCGCUUUGAUAGUCAUUGCGAAGUGAAUUUGUUGACUAGAAAAGUUUGUGCUGCAUGCCGACUUUCUAAAUGUCUUGCUAUAGGAAUGAAUCCUGAUUACAUUCGAAAAGAAGAUCUAUCGCAGAAAAAGCGAAAGUUACGACAAAUGAAAAAUGCAGCAUUAUCUAUCGUGACAAUACCUCAACAAUCAGCACUGGAUUUGCCCAACGAUACCCGCCAUCUAUGUCUUAAUCCUUCUGAUCAGAUAUUAAUUUCAAAUGUUAUACAUGCCUUUGAUACAUUCAAUCCAGUUUCUGAAGUGCGUCGAACGCUGUUAUCGAUCAGUACAACAACACAAGACGCCUUGCAAACAGUUCAAUUGAUGUCAUCAUUCUACCAAUCUCUGCAGUCAUUUAUCAGGUCAAUACCGGAUUUUCGUAUCUUGACACCAACUGAACAAUGUUCGCUGUUUCAACGUAAUAUGCUUGGCUUAUUAUGCAUCGGCGGAAUGUAUUUCAUGCGUGAAUUAGGUGUUUUCGAUCGACCUGAAAAUGAAAUGUUAGUCUUGCCAUUCUACGGGAAUGAGGUGUUUCAACAAGCGAGAUUGAUUUGCCAACAAUUGAAAUGUGAUCCUGUUGUUUUCAAGCUUCUGCUUGUUGCGUUGGCCUUCUCAUCCAAUUGUUACAUGUUGCACAAUCGUGCAAAUAUUGAUCGCGAUAGUUUAUUAUUUGGUACAUUUAGGCUGUUGGGAAGCCAGAAUGUUUAUAUUGAAUUAGUUUGGAAAUACUUAGUGUACACGUAUGGAUAUCAAUAUUCAGUGCAACAAUUCUCAGUAUUAGUUAAACAAUUUCUUGAUUCAGUGAAACUCUCGUUCGACAUGUAUGAAAACAAUCAAAUUCAUCAAGAUUUUAUCGAUCAAUUAACUGAACAUAUCGAUACCUCAUCUAACACAACUGACACAAUUCACAGAGUAGAAACACCCAGCAUUAAAAUCAAACUGCGACUUAUCAAAUUAAAGUGCAGCAUAAGAUUCGCAACCAAUGAAGUCAAAUUCAAAUAUGGCAUCGAAACCGACUUUCAAACGCUGACUCUAGCUGAAAAGCAUUCCCUGUAUCAUCGAAAUCUUGUGGAAAUAUAUGAUGUAUCAAUAUGGUUAUGUCAAAGCAGCAAAAUGUCUGGAAGAAUGCAUCAAUCGAGUCAAAUACACCAAGAUCUUGUCCAAGGAGGUGUCGGAUCGGCUAACGAAGAACUGACUAUACACGAAAAUGAUGUAGUCUCAUUGUGGAAUCGUUCAAAGAUAAUCUUCGUCGGGUGUCAACUGCGCAAUAAUUCCGAGUAA